ACUUAUCAAUGCAUUCUAGUUAGUGGCCUAUAGAAAUAUGAAUUGGUGCGCAAUCAGUAAUUUCUAAUAUUAAAAUUAAACAGUAUUUUUUAAAUAAGUAGUGAUUUAAAUUCUAAUAAUUAUUUAGAGGUAAAUUAUGCACUAAUACAAACAGGCUGCCAGUUUCUAUUGUGGCGGUGUGUUGACGUAUCGAAUUCGCGGAGUAUUUUAGCAGUGUAAUAUGAAGUUGUUGACGAUAAUCACACUGUUCGUGCCACUCAUUAGUGCCGAUAUAUUCCCGUUAUCCAUUAUUCACAUUAAUGAUUUUCACGCAAGAUUCGAGUCUACGGAUACAUCAGGCGGCACGUGCGAUGCUGGCGAAGAAUGCAUCGGUGGCUUAGCGCGAACCAUUUACACUGUAAAGCGAUUACUGGAGGAACAAAAGGACCAAAAUCCGGUUUACUUCAAUGCAGGCGACAGUUUUCAGGGCACACUUUGGUACAAUAUCGGCCGGUGGAAUGUGACAAGCCAGUUUCUGAAUAUGCUACCCGCAGAUGCUAUGACACUUGGCAAUCAUGAAUUUGAUCAUGGCAUUGAGGGUGUUGUGCCAUUUCUGGAAAGUAUCAAUUCACCUAUGUUGGUAGCAAAUAUGGAUGCAAGAGAUGAACCGGAUAUGCAAGGCAAAUACCAAAAAUCGAUAAUAAUCGAACGUAGUAACAGGAAAAUCGGCGUAAUCGGCGUUAUUCUCGAAACCACCUAUGAUUUAGCCAAUACUGGUAAUUUGAUCUUUCAAAAUGAAAGCACUGCUAUACGUGAGGAAGCUCAAAAGCUGAGAGAACAGGGUGCCAAUAUAAUUAUUGCCAUUACACAUUGCGGCUAUGAUGUGGAUAAAUUAAUUGCACAGCAUGCCGCUGAUGAUGUCGAUGUUAUAGUGGGAUCCCACUCGCAUACUUUCCUAUAUACUGGCGAUAAAUUACCCGGUCCCGACAAGCCAUAUGGUCCGUAUCCCACCGAAGUUGUGCACGAAAAUGGUCAUCGCAUUUUGAUUGUUCAAGCUGCAGCUUAUGCGAAAUAUGUAGGAAAUAUAACAGUAUACUUCGACGAUGAUGGCAACGUAGUUGACUACUCGGGUGCACCGAUUUAUAUGGGAUCCAGUGUACCAGAGGACCCCGACAUUGUUGAAGCUAUGAAGCCAUGGCAAGAGAUCAUUGAUGCACAGGGUUCAGUGGUUGUUGGUGAGACAAAAGUCGAAUUGGCAAUGUCAACAUGCAGCGAUUCCGAGUGCAAUUUGGGAAAUUAUUUCUGUGACGCAAUGAUACAUGCUUUUACUGCUUUAACCCCGUAUUCGGAAAUGCCAUGGUCAAAUGUUUCUAUUGGCCUGAUAAACACAGGUGGUCUACGAGUGCCGCUUAGAAAAGGAACUCUCACAUAUGCGCAUUUAGUCACAAUGUCUCCAUUCGAAAAUUUGCUGACCGCCUUCAAUUUACCGGGGCAUAAGCUCUUAGAAGCAUUGGAAUUCAGUGUGCAACCGAUAGAUUUGAAGAGUAAUACCACAAACUCUCCAAUUUAUAUGCAAGUAGCUGGUUUAAAAAUUACAUAUAAUUACAAUAAUCCCGUUGGAGAGCGAGUGGUUGAUAUCAAGGUACGCUGUGCAGAUUGUGCCAUUCCAGUUUAUGAGGAUUUCGAUUCGAGGAAAAUUUAUCGUAUAGUGGCACCAGAUUUUCUAGCUGAAGGAGGCGGUGGUUUCACCAUGUUCAGGGAUUAUGGCUCGGACUGGCAAAAGGAAAUGACAGAUAUUGAUGCGCUCUUAUCGUUCACCCGUAAUACUAGUCCAAUAUACAUCGGAAGAGAGAAACGUAUAACGGUAUUGGGAUAACAAACAACAUUUCUUUAUCGAAUUCCAUUUUAGCAUAAAUUUGUUUAUAAUAACUAGAAAACUGUAUUUAGAAAUGUUUAAUAAAUUCAGUGAUUUUAAUAAAAUGACUAUAAU